AUGCAACCGCGUUCGAGAGGCGCCGCUCGGCCGUCCCGCCGCGCCUCCGGCCGGCCGUCGAGGAGACCCGCCGCUGACCAAGCCCAACGCCGGAAGGAGCUUGAUGCGCUCCUGGCGGAGGCCAGGAAGAGCGCCAGGGAUGCGGCCACCGGGAAGGUGCGCUGCCGGACGUGCGGAAAGGUCUUCGCGGACUACGCGCCCCUCGCGGGGCACCUGGAGUCCAGCCAUGCGGGCCUGAACGCCCACGACGCGAGGUUCGUGGAGUACGAGCGCAAGAGGGCGCACGGCAUGAGGGCCCCCGUUCCCAGCAGGACGCCGUUCACCACGGGUGACCUCUUUGCGGCUGCCUUCGAGUCGUUGAAGGCGAAAUCGCAGUCGCAGCCUGGCGAGGAGCCAUUGUGUGGGGCACAAGCGUCCGGGGGCGACGAUUCGGCGCCCCAGAGUUCGGCAUCCCGAGGGAGGCGCCCCGUCAGGAAGGCUGUGCGGGUGAGCAACAGACUGCCCGAUGCGCACUUGGGCCGGCGGCCGGCGUUCGGAAGGGCCACGGCGAUCGAGGAGGACGGUGCGAGGAAGGUGGACGGGAGGGAAGAAGCGCGCUGGCUCGAAGAAGCGGCGGGCCUCAGGCUCAAAAGUACAAAGCACAUUAAGAAGUCUGGGGCAAAGAAAUCUGCUACAGCACAAAAGACAAGUGUCCUCACAGCGAAAGUGGCAGCAGCUAGACAGCUUUUGCAGUCGUUGCAAGAUAGGCUUCAAGCUCAAGAGCAGCUUGCAAAUGAUCUGAGGUGUGACUCCCAGAAUGAGCAGCUGUCCUUGACCAGGGAUGGCUUCGCCCAAGCCCGCACUGAAGUGCAGGUUGCCGCCUUGCAUGUUGCUAUCGAAAGAACAAAGCUGAAGCUUAGCCAUUUGACGACCAUUUGGCAAAACAAACUGAAGGCGAAACGUGUUCUGUUUGAGGAGAUGUUCCUGCCAGAAUGCCCCAUCCAAUCGGAUGCUGUUCCCAUUGUUGUCGAUGGCCCAGCCAGUACCAGCGACUCUGAGGGCAUGUUUGAAGCAUACAAGGAGCUGGAUGACCGCAAGUUCAGUUCUGAUGACGAGCCCAGGGUGGACAUUUCUGCUUCUUUGAUGGCCUUUUCCCAACAAAGGCGUUUCGAAGAGCCUGGAACAGGGGAUCCCCUGAAAAGAAAUUGCAGGGACACUGAACUCCUUGGACGGCCGCAAGAAGUUCCGGAGUGUGAAGAGUCCGCCACUGACAGUGAGGACUUCGAAGGAUUGGAUGUGCUUUCAAGCUGGGCGAAAGCGGCUGGUGUGCACACAUUCUCCUUGACAACUGCAGUCAAGGCUGCAGAGCAGGCCCCCCAGUCCAAGCCAAAUGGAUUGCAGCAGCCCCUGCACAAGGUUGCCAGUGCUGUCAGGGCACAUGGGCUGUCUGGACAGAACAGCACUCCAACACACCCUACACCUGUCACUGUGGCGAACAAUCAGGCUGAAAAGGACACGCAUAUGGAUAACAAGAGCCUGCCAUCUAGACAAAGUUGCAAAGUUGAAAGCUCUGAAGACGACAGCGUUGAUGUGGGUUUUUGUGAUGUUCUGGCAACGUGGGCAGCUGAUGCUGAUGCUUUCAAAGUUUGUAAGCUUGGGGGCAUGCAUGGGAAGGGAGGAAGCGAAGGUCCUGUGGAAGAACAAACUGCAGGGUUGUCGGGAGGGGACCAAAGAGAUCAAGAAGGGAAGAAUAAGCCAUCAGGAGCAUUGAUGCAUACCAAACAGGAGCACGGCUCGCCAUCAUCUGAGGACGGCAGCGACAGCGAUGAUGAAGCAUGGAAUUUCAAUGAUGUCCUGUCAAGCUGGGCUAGUUCCGCGACUUGUCCCAACCUCGCCUCUGUCCGCCCUUCCUCUUCAAAUAUAUUCAAUGUGGCUGAUGCUGAACAACCCAAUCUGAGGGUAGCAGGGAAGGGCUUGCAAUCCGAGCAAAUACCACCAGACUGUGGCACAGCCAGCAGCAUGCCUGCCCCCCUGACUGGUGUCAGGAUCCUCAGGCUGGGUGGAACCAUGGAUAAAGCCAAUGUCGCUGCACCCGACAUAAGGAUUCUCAGACGGGGCGAAACCAUGGAUAGAUCAGGAGCCUCUGUAUCCAGGCCAAGUGUCACAAAAACUGUCAAAAACUUGGACCAUGGCCCAGAAGUCAGAGCGGCGGAGCCAGUGAGUACAGGUGCUUACAUGGAUGACAGAAAGGUUCCAAACCCAAGGAGGGCAGUGAGACACACUCCCUUGCAUGACCGAAAGGGUGCAGGGCCCAGUGUCGAUGCCCCUACUCCCAAGGAAGGGCCCUCCACAUGUUCUGUCGGGAAUUCGGAAGCUUCAAAGCCUGAUGUCAAGCAAACUUUGUGUACACAUCCUGGCGAACUAAGGGAAACGGUCGCACACGGUGUCACAGGCGGAGGCGAUAUGGUGGAAAACCAGUGUGCUGAAGUUGUGGCGGCCAAGAGGAAGAGAAGAAGGAAGGGUGGUGACCCACCGAAAACAUAUUUGUGUGGAGAAUGUGGGGUUGCGUGCAGCAGCGAUGCUGACUUUUUGGCCCACAUUCAAUCCAAGAAGCACAAAAAGAGGGUCGUCCGCACUGCAACACGUGAAGCAGAAGCCGUGGCAAACGUAUCCAAACCUUCCCCUGCUGACGAACCGUCCGAGCAGCUUGCAGAUUCCUUGGCCUCUGUCUCUGCAAAGUCUGUGCCAUCAGAAGUUACCAACACUGCUGUGAGACAGCUGUUGGUGCGCCUUUAUGAACUGCAGAGAAAUUCUCUAUCACAACAUCUAGGUGAAAAGCACAAGGCACACAGAUGGCUCACAAAUGGGAUGAAGGAAGUCCAGCAAGCGAUCAAGCACAGAAAGGCCAAAGCAGUGAUUGCCGCAUGUGACGUCGAUGCUCCGCUGGAUGUGACUCUGAAUGAACUCACCCGUGCCGCUGCAUCACAAGAGAUCCCAGUGAUUUACGCCAUGAGCCGCCGGAAACUGGGCUCUAUCUUUCAUUGCCGGAAGAAAAUGAGUUGUAUUGCUGUACUCGACUGGCAAGGUGCCGGAGACGAAUUCAGAAGAGCGAAGGAAUUAGCCUCCCCUGCAAUCUAA